AUGAAUGUGCGAUUAGCUUUGGCUUACGAGGACUUCGUGACCUGGGCCCGGGCGAAGAAAGUGGAGCACUCGCAACCAGAGUUCAAAGCUCGAUAUCUACGGGAUGCCACCACGGGCUACGCAGAGAUGAGUAUGAAAGGGCACAAUGUUGCCUAG